AUGUCUCGUAAUGUAUUAAUCCAUAGAAACAGAGCUCUUUGUGUUGUUGUCUUAAUCUUCUCCGUCCUCUUGUUCUGUUUUCCGAGCCGGCUUUCUGCCAGACACCUGGCGGAGGAAGCCACAGCAAAAGCAACUCAAACAAUCCACGUCAGCAACGCCACGUGGCAUGAUUUCUCCCGUCUUGUAGAUGUCCAGGUAGGCAGCCACGUCAGCGGUGUAUCAGAGCUCAAAAGAUACCUCCACCGAUUCGGUUACGUCAAAGACGACGGCGGUGAUGGCAUGAAGAAUUUCUCUGACGUGUUCGAUGGUCGUCUCGAAACUGCGAUCUCUCUGUACCAGCAGAAUCUGGGAUUACCGAUAACCGGAAGACUCGACAUGAGCACGGUCACUCUUAUGUCAUCACCGCGAUGUGGCGUUAGCGACACACAUAUGAUCAAUGCCGGUUUCCAUACGACGGCGCAUUAUACGUAUUUCGGUGGUAAACCUAAGUGGAAUCAAGACAAGCUAACAUACGCUUUCUCGGAAACACACAAACUCGAUUACUUGACAUCCGAUGACGUCAGAACGGUUUUUCGGCGAGCUUUCGAUCAGUGGGCGAGCGUGAUUCCGGUAAGUUUCGAGGAAGUUGAUGAUUACACGACGGCGGAUUUAAAGAUCGGAUUCUUCGCCGGCGAUCACGGUGAUGGCCAACCGUUUGACGGUGUUCUCGGGACUUUAGCACACGCCUUUGCGCCGGAGAACGGAAGGCUCCACCUUGACGCAGCGGAAACAUGGGUCGUCGACGAUGACUUCGGAAGUAAAGGAUCUACGGUGGCGGUUGAUUUGGAGUCGGUGGCGACGCACGAGAUUGGUCACUUGCUCGGAUUAGGACAUAGCUCACAGGAAUCAGCGGUCAUGUAUCCGAGUCUCCGACCGAGGACCAAGAAGGUGGACCUUACGGUUGAUGACGUGGCAGGUGUGUUGAAGCUAUACGGGGCGAAUCCGAAGUUACGGUUGGAUUCACUGACGGAGUCGGAAAAUUCUAUUAAAAACGGCGCCGUAUCAUGGAGAUUCUUGUCGGGGAAUUUUACCGGUUAUGUUCUGUUGGUCGUUAUGAUUCUGUUUCUAUAG